AAGAAUUAGAGUCAUAAAGAAUGAUAGAUCCAUUUUAGUAGCAGUUUCACAUUUCCAAGAAAUCUAAAAUCACAUAAACCAAGCAAAACAAAAGGAUGGUUCGGAUCCUUGAAAUCCUCACAAUCCUCCAAUAGAAAUUCAUCAUUUUCUUUUGUCUGUAUUUGUUUUUGCUGUCAUGGAAGGUCGCCGGAGGCUAACGCUUCUCGAUCAGAUGUCAGCAAGUGGGAACGGGAGAGACUUAGCUGGUUUAAGCCUGGACGACGUGUUGCUGGCCCCUGCAGCCAAACAGCCACCUACAGCUCCUGCCCUUCCCCCAACCAUCUCCGGUCGGACUUUGCUCGAUAUAAUCCGAGACGAGGAGCCCAAGUCCUACCGGGCCCUGAUUGGCAAGAAGGAUAAGAAAGCCUGGAAGUCGUUUAAAGACCGCCUCCGCCUAAAACGCGCCGGCUCUGCUUGGGCCUCCUCCGUCCGUGUCCCCACUUCGGAUCUCCCUAUCCGGAAUAACACUGUUCACGGUUCCAAUCACCAACAUCUUCACCUUCACCUGAGAUCGCGUCGCAGCUCAGUGAGAUUCGUUACGCCCGAGACAAAUCUCGACAUGGUUCAGCAAGGAGACGAGAGCAAUUCCGCGGGAAUGCGGCAGAUGUCGCGCCGGAACUCGACCCGGUUCGGCCCGAACGCGUCGAUCCCUUCCGACGAGCCCGACUCGGAUAGUCCGGGUCAGAACGAACGGGCGCCGAUGUUCUCUCGUCGGAGUUCCGUGCGGUUCACGGCCGACGAGAUAGCGACCGACUCGCCCCGGCGACGGUUGUCGGCAGCGCUGGAGGAGGAGAGGUCGCUGUCGGCAAGAGAAGCGGUUGCGGCGCAAGUGGCCGCUGAGGCCGCAGCCGCAGCGGCGUCGGCCGAAGAGGCGGAAGCGACGCAUGGGGCGGCGCAAAACGACGUGCCGUCGGCGGACGGGGGUGCAGCGGCUACGACAACGGAGGCGGAGCCGGUGAGGAUGUCGUUGAUGGACCUGUUGGAGGAGACGGACAGGCAGAUGGGGCUGGAGUCGAGUUACACCAUGGAUGACGAGGAUGAAGAAGAGUUCGAGGAGGAAGAAGAAGAGGAGGAGGAACAGGAGGAAGUAGGGAACGUAGAGUAUAAUUGCUGCGUGUGCAUGGUGAGGCAUAAAGGUGCGGCAUUUAUCCCCUGCGGUCACACGUUUUGCAGGAUGUGCUCCAGAGAGCUCUGGGUGCAGAGGGGCAAUUGCCCCCUCUGCAACAAUUUCAUCUUGGAAAUUCUCGACAUUUUCUGAAGAAGAAACAAAAAAUUUACCGCGAGCAAAUUUGAUUGUUGCUGAAAGAAGUCAUUUUUAAUUAGUGUACAACUUUGAACUUCUCUCUGUUUCACUCCACCGCUUUGUUUCUUAAUUGGAGUUAUUAGAAACAAUUUUAUUUAUUUUUGGUUUUUGUAUAUUUGGUUUAAAGUUUUUACUUGAUGUAUCAAUAGUUUCAGACUUCCAGUGAAUGAAUGAAUGCCUUCUUUCUGGGCUCUUUUCUGUA